AUGCCUGAAGCGAAUACUCAUGAUAAGGAAGCUAGCUCUUCGCUGCCCGAAAGGAACAAUUUCUUUUCAGUAAUCUAUGGGUUGGUCGAUCUAUCGAGCCGGUUAUCUGCGAGUGCGGCCUCGCUUGUCGACACAUAUGCGCUUUCUUCUCGCAGCCCUAUAGAUUUGGCCAACAUAACGAGCCUAGUUUUCAGCGCUCGAACGCGAUGGUGUGAUUUCAGUCCUGGUUGGCCACUCAUGGGGAAAGUGUCCUUGGUAGGGCUCAAGCCGCUGUUGGCGUACCUUUGGCCCUCCACCACCGGAUUCAGACACCCAAAGCAUGGCUUCUUUGAACGUGUCCUGACAUGGUGGGUUUGGCGUUAUAGUAUCGCAUGGAUCCUUACUCGAGCCAUAUUGUACAUACUAUUCCUUCUUCUACUGUACUUCACGCGAUGCGGGGGCGAAGCGCGAUCGCUGAAGAUGAAAUAUACUACCAUCCUCAUUCUCGGAGCAGGUGUUAUUGGGUCGACCGUCGUGAACUCUUCUGUACUACUGGGAUCGCUCGGGUGGGUCGUAGGCUGCGGUACACUCGCUCGUGUUUAUGUAGCUUCCUCUCGUAUAUCUUCGUGGGGUAAGGCGGAAGCACCACAGCUGUAA